CACAUUAUCAAUACCCAUUUAGAAAUAAAAUCUAUCAAAGUAACUCAUUUGUAGUAAUACUUGAAUACGUGAAUCCUUUUAUUAAACCAGUGAUUGACAGGGGCCCUGAGCAGAGAACAGCUCCUGUACAGUCUGCUGAGCUGCAGUGCAGUUAUCUGUCAGGGGACCAGUGAGAACCUCAGGGGAGAGAAUUAUUCAAAUGACCUAAUGUGCAAUAGGUGAACAUGCAACAUCCUGUGUGAACAUCUGCAUCGCGCUGUUUCUGGUCCAGCGUGACCAAUUUAACUUCCUGUGUGUUCACUGCACUUCUGUGCCACGGACGGGUGUGAGGCACAGACACACGGUCGCGCUCGGCAAAUCAGGAUGCUCCUUCUCUGGCUGCUCGUGCUCUGUGGGAGAAUCAACACAGGUACAAGUUCUGACCCGAAGAUGAAACAGACAGCCACAAUGAACUGCACUUUUUCUGCUCAGGGAAAGUCCUGGUCAUGCUCAAAUGGAAGUAAUUACAAAAACAAUGGAGGACACAAAACUUUGACCAUUAACCUGUCGGCUGAGCAAAAUGGUACAAACGUCACCUGUAGGGUCAAUUUAACAGCAGACAUUAAAGCAGAGAAAUCAGACCCUCUGACCCUGACCACAACCCUGACUUCUGACCUGCAAAACUGCACCAGAAAUGAAACACAACCUACGAGCGACUGUACAGCAAAACAUCCAAACAAACCACUAAAUGAAAGCAACUGUGCUGGAAAACCAAGCUGGUCAGAAGCUUCAAUGAUGAUGUUGUUAGAAACUGUCCAAAAACCGGAGGUGAUUUCUGCAUUUUUAAUUGGCUUCCUUCUUGCAACAUUGGUUUCAACAGUCGUUUGCUGUAUGAAGAGAAAAUCCCACAGAAAAAAACUGAAGCGCUAUAGAAAUCUUUCUGAUGCUCUGGAGAUGACUUAUGACCCGGCGGACGCAGGACCAGGAACCAGCGCAGCCGUGAACUCAGAUGUGGAUUAUUCCACCAUCAAAUUCUCUGCAGGGAGAGCAAAGAAGUUGGGGGAGACGACUGAGACGGAGUACGCUGAAAUUAAAAGGGAGGAGACGGUGCAGGAGGAGGAUGAGGGGGGCAGCCAGGGGGAGGGGGCGAUCCUGGUGGAGGGGGAGGUGGAGGCAGAGAGCGGUGGAAUGAUGGAAGACGAGGAUGCGGCGCUCUGUCCAGAUGUGGAGGUUGCAGUUAGUGAGAACGAGGCGCAGUGUGGAGUAAACAAUGUGCAGAGUCACUUCAGUGACUAAAACAGAAAGCAAGUCAUGUCCUGUUCAAGGUGUCACUUCAGAUAAAACACAGUGGUGUAUUUCAACUUCUCUUACUGUGAGAGGAAGUUUAAAACGAAAUCAAAAUUCAUACUAAAGCAGCCAGAAGGAAAAGGUUUUAAGCAGACUUUUGUAUUGUUUUCAGAAGAACAUGAAGUAAUUUUCUAGAAAUCACAGAAACACUUGAAUGUGUGGCAAGUGGGAAAAUUGUAAGUAAAGUCUGAAAAUGCAUGUGAAUAUCAUCUGUUCUUUCUUGUUAUAUUAUUUUUAGAUAUUGUGUAAUAAACAAAUUGGCCACAUUAAAUAAUUCAGCUGUUUCAGCAUCAGUUUGAAAGUUUGGCUAUUAUAUGUUUUUUAAUAAUCCAUGAACUUCUGGUUCAUUGCUCUUUGUGUAAUGUAUAAUAGUUUUUGUAUGUUAUUGUCUUCAUUCAGAUGCUAUGAUGUAAUUAAACAUUCUUCAGUUGUUCACAAAAAAAAGUCUAAAUCUUUAGCUGCUGACAAGAAAUCACGUGGGAGGAGAAGCUAAAAUAGGAGAAAUACUGCCGGUUUCGAACGUUUUGCAUUGAGGCCUCUGCAGCUGCUCACACAUCGUCUGAACUCUCAGCUUUACUGAUGUGACGCUUCCUCUUUACUGCGUUUGUGUUUAAUGGCAGCUUCAUAAAGUGAAUGAAUAAUGUGUGUCAGUGACGAGAGAAGGACAAAGAGGUUUAGAAGCUGAUGGUCCUGAUGACGCAGAGAUGAGCUGAUGAGACACAGGAUCCUGUGUUGGUAUUUAACUGUUAUGAGACCGAACCCUAUAUUUUUACUACAUGAUCGUUCUUCUGAGCGGUAACAUUCAUUUUGUUGCCAAUAAAUAAAUGUGACCUGUAUUAAAA